AUGAUCUCAGGAUAUAUACCUCCCCCGGCUUUACCUUCUACUUCACCUUCUGCGGCUGCGGCUCCUGCUCCUGCUCCUGCUCCUCCUCCUACGGACAUGGUGGCGAUCUGCACAAUAUCAGUGGAUUGCCAGAGAGAAGCAGUAAAAAUAGGAGACACGCCACCAAGGCCGCUUAACUGCAACUAUGACGACUUUGAGUGCAUUUGCGGUAGGACCAAUGUCAUGGCACAUAACACAUACUUCUCUUCUGGAUGUAUAUUGAGAGAGUGCACCAAUGUGGAUAGUAGGAAAGCCUUCAUGAGCAGGUACAUGGAAGGCUGUACCAAUAUCACCACUGAGCUUACUGACAUUCCCGCCGACUGGCUACCGUUUGCUCCCUCACCUCAACUCACUUCCACGGGCCGCACCUUGAGAACGACUGAGAUCAAAAUGAGCAUGACUCUGUCCCAACCCACCUCUACUGACCUAACAACGCUGUCCCAAGACACUACCAUGAGACAGACGACUGUGCCACCAGAUACAGCAAUGCUCACAUCAACAAACGCAGCUGACAUCCAGCUACCAAUCUGCGGAGUUUCCCGAAAGUGCCUUAAGAAGCAGAAAGAUCACAGCCCUUCGUGCGGACCCGAUGAUCUUCCAUGCAUCUGCAAGAGCAGCAACUCGCUCGCUAAGAACACGCAAUUCGACCAACAGUGUGUUUUUGAUGAGUGCCAUGGUGAUAUCGGCUUGCGAGAAUUUCUCCAGAGUCUAGUCUACAACUGCAAGAAAGUCGACCGCGAACUCAUCGACAUACCUGACCGCUGGAAAAUAUACAUCCCAGAGUCGGCGACAACAUCGUCUACGUUAUCCACCGCUACCGUUACUGCUCCUCCUACUACCUCUCCGAGUGGCCUCCCCGCAUCAACAUUUGCCCACACACAACCGUUCCAUAUCGCUGAUGGCGCCAUAGCAGGCAUCGCAGUCGGUGUUCUCCUUACCGUUGGAAUCUUGGUCGCAAUGGCAAUGGUAUACUGGAAAGCGAGGAAGAAGACAAAGGAGUUGACGCGAAAGAAUGCGAUACUGGUUGAUCGGACGAGUGAGCAUGGGGCGUCGGCGAGGAUCGACAAAGUUAUGUCAGGUCGUUCGAUGACGAGCUUGACGACGACGGCAGAUGGUGCUACCUUAGUCCCGGCAAGUAGGCGAGAGACGCAGGAUGGACAUGGGAUUCAUGGACAGGAGGGCGGACAGGAAUAUCAUGGCAAAGAAGGGUAUGGACUGGAGGCUCCAAAACUAGAGACACGAAGGUACUAAAUGUGGCGUAUCGAGGUGGUUGGACAAGCAUAGUCUUGAGGCUAUCCAGCGAUGACGACGG